AUGGUGUUGCGGGACCCGGUAGUUCUGUCGUUUGAGGUCAGUGCUGGUCCGGAGCGCGUGCGGAUCAGGGACGUGCAGCUAUGGUCAAGAGAGGCCGUUGAGGCGCGGUCUAUUCGUACGCAGACGCGCUGCGAGUGCCGGUUUCUUGGGUACGUGUCCCUCGCGAAGCUGCCCCUGUGGGUGUGGACCCCCGGGGAGUUGUAUACUUGCCACACGACGAGUGGUACGACUCUCGCGUAUCUGCAGGCGAAAUUGAAACGGUGGGACAGAGGUAUAGUGCUGCAGCGGGUGGACGCGGACAACACGUACUGGAUCCUGUACCGGCUUGACGAGACGACCGUCGGGUGCACUCCGCUGAACGUUGCCCUGCAGAGCCGCAUUGAGACGGAGAUCGACGACAGGGAAGCUGUCCCACAGGUGGCCCCCGAGGUCGCGGUGAAGCAUGCGUCCCCGAAGAAACAGCUAACGGAGACACUCUCGCAGCUGAUCCUCACCGGUUUGAGAAUAAGAGAUAUAACGAGGUCCAAUUCGGCAGCGGAGUACGCGGACCUGUACAAGAUGACUUUGCAAGCGGCCCAAUUCGCCUACAGAAAUUCGGGGACGGGCAGUAUCCCCUUCGAACACCUACAACAGACCGUGGAUAGCCUUCUAGAACUGUUCACAAGCUCGUGA